CCAAUAAACCCCACCGAAGAAGAUGCCAUAGGAACGGGCCGCAGAACUCGGACAAGUCAGGGGACAUAUGUAGACAAGUACGGUUGUCAGCACACUUUACAGCCUGGUUUCCAUACAAAGGUGAUGUCAUCAUUUCUGCUGUUGUCAGAUUAGUAGUUUAAACAGAAUACUUACAGACAACACAGUAGCAGACAGUUGUAGUUCCAUCAUGGCCGACGAAAUGUUUUCCCUCAUGAGUCUCGAAGACGAACUGAGCUGUAGCAUCUGCCUAUGUGCUUUCGACUGUCCGGUGACAAUUCCAUGUGGACACAACUUUUGCCAAGCGUGUCUCCUAGAAACAUGGAAAGACAACUACAGCUGUCCACAAUGCCGGACCCACUUCACCACCAAACCAGUGCUGAAGAAGAACACCGUCCUCAGCGCUGUUGUGGAAACGUUCAAAAUGAAGUCGAAUAAAAGCGACCUCCCCAAUGAGAUGGGCGACUUAAUCAAGUGGGAUGCGGUCAAGAUGGAGCCCAAAGAGGUGGUUAUCUUGUGCGACACCUGUAUGGAAGCCAAAGCAUUCAAGACCUGCCUCACCUGUAUGGCGUCAUUCUGCCUUGAGCACGUGAGGCCUCAUCAUGAGAACCCAGUGUUUGGCGCGCAUCAGCUGAACGAGCCUCUGGGCGACUUGUGCGACCGUAUCUGCCCCGACCACCACAAGCUAAUGGAGUUCUACUGUGUCCAACAUGGCCGCUGUAUCUGUGGUGUCUGUCUGCAGCAGGUGCAUAAAGGCUGUACCUUCUCCAACCCUGAUGAACAACGGGCACUGCAAGAGUCUGAUUUGAGGGGCAAGUUGAGUCUGCUGGAUGGAAAGAUUGACAAGAACCAGACGGUCAUCUCUCAGAUGAGUGACCAGCAGAGCAAGUUGAAGGACUCUGCAGCCAGCAGGAAGAGAGCGCUAGAGGAUGACUACCGCCAAAUCCGGGAGCUGCUGGACCGUGACGAGCGUGAGGCUCUGAACACUGUGGACCGCGAGCAGGAGAGCGGUCAGACCAAACUCCAGAACCACAUAAAGAAGUUCAACCAGAACAUUGUGAAGCUUAGCGCAGCAAAAGAUGGCGUCAACAGCCUGCUCAGUCAGACUCAGACCGUGGCAUUCCUACAGGCCUCAGUUGACAUGCCGGCAGUGGUGGCCUUUGACCCCUAUACCCCGAAGGUGAACCUGGACUCUAAGGCCGUGGCAGCCUGGCAUGCCUACUCUGCAGUCCUGAGGGAGCAUCUGAAACAGCCUGUAGAGGCCAGACUGCAGUCAAACCUGAAACAGCCAGCUGAGAGGUUUGCUCCUCUGCUGCCAAACUUCUAUGAAAUGGGAGGCAUGCCACCACAAGGUCAUCCGAGAAUGCCUAGAUCCCACAGCCCAGGAGCUCCCCUCAGGGCAAACCAGAAGAAGCCUCCACAAGAUUCAAACCGAGAGAGAAAGUCGGACAAGAAACGAGAUCACAAGGAAUGGAAAGAACAUAAGGCUGACAAAAAUUCACAAAAGCCACCUAAUGCUCCCAGAGAGUCCGCCACUCCUGUUCCACACACACCAAGGGACCACCCCAGAGGACAAUCGGCAGAACCCAGACCCAGGAACAGGGAGGACCCAGGACAAGCAAGUGUUCCCCCAAGUAUCACGUCUGCAGCGAAACGAAAUGACCUUCUACGAUAUGGCACCGUUCUCACCCUUGACCCCAAAACGGCCCACAAGCGCAUCUUCCUGACAGAGAACAUGACCAUGGCCUCUGUGUCAGACGAGCCCACCCAUUACCCCGAUGGCCCCGCCCGCUUCUCCGUCUGCAGCCAGGUGCUCACUUCCAAGGGCUUCUCCCGCGGCCGUCAUUACUGGGAGGUCAAGAUGAGGAGCAACAACUUCACCGGUAUCGGCCUGGCCUACAACAGCAUCGACCGGAAGGGUCCGGCUAGCCGGCUGGGGCGUAACGCCCAGUCCUGGUGCGUGGAGUGGUUCAACGUCAAGCUGUCAGCCUGGCACGCCAGCAGUGAGACUGUACUGCAGAACCCGAAUCCGAUCUGCGUCGGCGUGUUUUUGGAUUGUGAGGAGGGAACGGCCACUUUCUAUAACGUUCAGGACCGGGCAUACCCUUUCCAUACGUUUGUGUUCCAGUUCGCCGAGGCAGUGUACCCGGCAUUCUGGCUCUUCUCCAGCGGCUCGUCUGUUAGCCUGUGCAAGCUGCAGUCUUAAGAAGUUAACACAACACACACACACACACACAUUGUUCUCCCUCACAAAUAAUUAUAAUGUACAGCAUCUGGGUCAAUAAAUUACUUAAUCAUACUGAUAUUGGGAACUUAUAUUGGAAAUGUACCUUAAAGGUUAUUAUUUGGUUGUAGUCACUGGCUUUAGUAAUAAUUCAGUGUAGGUAAUCCUUUUGGACUUUGGUCUCUUGUAACUACAGCAACCUCCUAAACAGGCAGCAUUUGUUAAUCAGUAUCUAAUGAAAACUAAGCACUUCUAUACAGGUAAAGAAACAUUACAAAUGAUUAUACAUGUAUUGAUCAGCCAGUUUUAUUUACAGAUACAUUUAAGUGGUCUGUGGGUAGCUGUUUACAGCCUGUUUUAUCAGAGCUUAUGAUCUCUUGGUGUGGGUCUUGGUAGUACACAGUAAUCACAUGUAAAAUACACAAAAGAACAUGAAUAAACAUGUAUGUUAUCUACUGUAUAUGAACAGUACCACACUGUUCAGAAGGCCAUGUACUGGCACACAUGCAAUGCUUUUGCUGGUGUCAGGCAUUCUGCAUUAGGGAAUGUCUUAUUCAAUAACACCACUGGAUAUAGAAGCAAUGAAUAGAGCAGAAAAGCAUCCGCAAUAUGCUUGAUACCCCCAAAGGAAAAGUGGGUAUCGUUCACUGUUUUCUUGAUCUAAUACAUUUUCGCUCGUGUUUCACACAGCCUGUAAGUGAAGGGGGUUUCCGCAUGGUGCAGUGUGCUGAAAGCACUUCCUGACACUGCUACUACAGGCUUGAUAGAACCUAGCCUGGUUGCCAGAUCUGCAUUUGUUUGAGAAUUACAGUGAACAAGGCAGAGGAUUUGGUUGAUCUGGCAACCAGGCUAGAUAGACCCAGCCUGGCCCAUAAGAACAAGCAGAGGUAAUUUAGACCCUGUGAACAGAAGUAUUUCCAAAUCUGGGUUUUGUAAAUAGUGAUGAUUUUGGGCUGGUGUUUUGCCUGUCCAUGUGACUAGACAAAGGAAAAACUCUGGGUCCAAGUUAUAGCUAAUGUAGCUAUAGCCCAUACCUAGGGCCUUCUCAUGUAGAAGGGUACAUAUGUCUGUUGGUGUUCGUUUGGACAUCUGUGUAUGUGGGUGUCACAUUGUCUGUGAUGUGACUGCAUGCUUCUCAUAAUGUCUGUAUUGUCGAUUGGAUCUUUUCCAUUUAUGGUUAUAUAGCCAUCGCUACGAUCGGAGAGCAAGUUGAGAAGAGCACGUGAUAGAUUUUUACUUUGCAAAGCCCAAUGCCAAAUGAACAGUUGGUGUAAUUGCCUUCUCCCUCUAUAGAAUUGAUUCGGUUUGUGUAGAAGGGGUUUAAUCUUGUUAAAGACAACUUGAUAAUGUCCCCUCAUGAUGUACUAUUAUAAUCAAUCUGUGCUAAUAUAUUCCUGUUUGUGGCUUAUUUGUUCCUCAUAUCUACACACACAUAGCUAUAUAUAUAUACACAUACAUACUGCAUUUGGUAAUCAUAUUACUUCAAACUGCUCAGGAGUAGACUUAUUGCAAGUGCAUGGGAAGGAAAAGUACUGAUAUUGCUUUCAUAUUAUAUACUUGCAAAACUAACAAUGAAAUAAUAUGUACUUAUUAGAAAACAAUGAAAUUCAAAAUUCAUAUGAAAAUAUUUAUUAUGGGUGUUUUCAAAUUCUAAUUUACAUUGCUUAUUACAUUCAGUGAAAUUUUCGGUUUCAACAUCUUCAGUAGCAAAUUCCGUAAAGCCAAUUAUUUUCAUAUUUGUCUCUUUCAUGUUUGUCUCAGGUUUUUAAUUGCUAUUAAGUGAUUGUUUGCUUACAAUAGUCUUAUUUUAUCCAUCUCUCUAUCCAUCUUUUCUUUUUAAAUGGCCAGGAAAAAGAUGGUACACUUCGUACCAUUAGAUGGAGACAAAAUGGAGUCGUAUGCGUUCCAUUCCAUCAAUAAAGUGCUGUUAUGACUAA